GUAGUAGUACUAGUACCAAACUGGCACCAACCUGCUUGAUUCGAGAUCGGAGAAAUACGGCGCCGUUUAAAUCUCAAUGGUGAAGGGACUGGUGCUACAAGGCGGGCAAACCCUGCCAGCCGACGUGGCGCAGGUGAUCGAUCAGCUGGAGCGCCACUGCUUCGCCCCCGAUGGUUCCCUCGUCCCCAAACCCGCCUUCUACGACCUUCAACUCGCAAGAGAGGAAAUGUCGAGGGAAAGGCUGCGGUACUUGGAAGCCAUGGCAAUCUAUUGCGAGGCCAUUGCGAUGGUGGAGGAGUAUCAGCAGGUGGUUUCCGUGCGUGGCGACGUCCAGGGUUUGUACCCGCAGCAGCUUGGCUUGAACAACUCCCCUCAGGUAUAUAAGACUUUAGAGCAUCGAAUGGUUGUCGCAGAAGCAGCUCAAAAGUUGAGGCUUCCUCUUAUCUCCAAAGAUGGUGAAGUUCAGGAGGAUGACAUUGAAAAACUGAGUAUAAUGUCACGAAGCUCUCUUGACAGCACAAGUACCAGUGUCACAACCAGCUCGAGCUCAAACUCAACGAAUUAUACAACUGCAAAUAGCACUGCUAGUGUGGCAAAUAUCGGUUCUAGUGCUGGUGAUGUGGUGGAACCUGGAGUUGGCGGUGUUUCUAAUCGCUUUCUUGGAAUCACACCUGCUUACUUAUGGCAAACGGAGCUCCAGCAAUUGCCAUUUUCCGUGGAUAUGGGAGACUACCAGAUGUCUCUUUCUCGUGAGAUCGAGGCUCGUUUGAAAGAUAAGUGUGAUAAGUUAGGCGAUGCCUUUAUAAUGGACGAUAUUGACUCAUCAUCUGGGCAUCAAUCUUCAAGUGCUCGGCUUCCAGAAAGGGUAAAGUUGAUAAUCGAGGAGAUUGAAAGGGAAGAAGCAGCUCUGCGGGAGGACCUCUAUUCUGCUGAUAGAAAAUUUGCUGAAUACUAUAAUGUCUUAGAGCAGAUACUUGGAGUUCUUAUUAAGCUUGUUAAAGAUUUGAAAUUGCAACAUCAACAUAAAUACGAUGAAUUGCAAAAAACAUGGCUGUGCAAAAGGUGUGAGACCAUGAGCGCAAAAUUGAGGGUUCUGGAGCAUGUUCUCCUGCUUGAAACGUAUACCCAGGAGUCAAUACCAGCCCUUCAUAAAAUAAGGAAGUAUCUUCUUGAGGCUACAGAAGAAGCUUCUAUUGCCUAUAAUAAAGCGGUUACACGUCUUCGUGAGUAUCAAGGGGUCGAUCCUCACUUUGACACUAUUGCGAGGCAGUACCACGAUAUCGUAAAGAAAUUGGAAAACAUGCAAUGGACAAUCCACCAAGUUGAAAUGGACCUGAAACGCUUACCAGAUCAGCAAACCACAUGAACCCCUAAUUCCAUCUGGUUUUACAAGCCCUUGUUAUUUUAUCAUCUUUGACUUCUUUGAGGUAUUGUGCCCCAAUAUCCAAUGUGUUGUUUUGUGUAUCAUAUAGUCUUGAUAUUUUCUCCCUUCGUAGGAGAUAUUCUUUAGUUUAUCUUAGCUUUUUACGUGUGCUUUGAACCUGGUGGAUUGGUCAUCUGCAGCUGGGUUGGGGGCGUCCUCAUAGGAAAUCACCAUGUAAAUCAUCACCACAUUUGGUCAUGUAUAUCCAUCCACAUUCUCUCAUGAGUACCAAGAAUUUCAAAUAUUUAUGAUAAGACAUGGAAUGUUUUUUUUUUGA